UCCUCUGACGUAUCGCCCAUUACACUUUCGGUAAAAGCAAAGAAACUGCAUUGUUCAUUAAUGCUUUAGCCUUUUUCUGCAUGUAAAAUUGCGACGCAAUUUCUACAAAGACUUCUGAUUUUUGUAAAUAUUUGCUAUCAUUUUUUCUAUAUAUGUAACCAUACAUUUGUCUGUGUAUCUGAAAGCCUAUUAAUCAUGGCAGCUUGUAGCUCCAAAUGGCUUUCCAACAUGAGUUUGAGGCUUAUAAGACUCCCUCGUCUUCGCUCAAAAUCCAAGUCCUCAACCUCAAGCUCUACAACAUCAUCAUCUUCCCUUGUUUCACCCAAAAAAUGUUCCAAAAAAGAGCAGCUUCAGCAAGUAUUUCGCCACUUCGAUAGUAAUGGAGACGGUAUGAUUUCAUGCCAGGAACUUCAAUCAUACUUGGAGUCUGUAGGUGAGUCCAUGUCACAUGAUGAAGUUGAAAGGGUUAUCAAAGAUUUUGACAAUAACGGUGAUAACUUACUUGAAUUUCAAGAGUUUGUCCGAUUAGUGGAAGUUAACAAUGAUAACAAUAACGAGGCAGAUGAUGCUCUUAGAGGAGCUUUUCAGAUGUUUGAAGCUGACAAGGGAUCUGGGUGUAUUACGCCCAGAGGAUUGCAACAAACGUUACAUCGUUUAGGAGAUGUGAGAUCUCAUGAAGACUGUGUAGCAAUGAUUCGUGUCUUUGAUCUUGAUGGCAAUGGAGUGCUUGAUUUCCAUGAAUUUCGCCAAAUGAUGGCUUCUCCGUAACAAUUCAUUUUACUGUCUUUAGUUCAAGAGUUUGUGUCAAAAUAUAUCAAUCUCUGCCUACUUUUAUUUCUCUCGAAUGUUUGUGAUCAAUGGAGCAAAUAUUUCUUCAGAGUAA